AUGUUGAUCCGACGUGGAGAUGACGUACACACUAAUUAUAUACACCGUAAGAAAAGGUCAACUGACGAUCAAGACACCAGUCAAAUUCGGGUUUACGAAUUUUACGAACCGAAAAGCCGUCCGGUAGUAGUUAGCAGUAAUAAAGAAGCAUUGGAAGCCAAGGAUUUAGCCAAUGAUACAUUUUUCUACGAAAAACUUAAAGCAUCGAUUCCGAAACUGAAAGAUGGGGAGAGAGACGAUGUCGAGCUGCUAAAGAAUGGGAAGCCCAAAGAGUCUCUCACCGACGAUGAUUCCGAUGAUGAUGGUGAUGAUGGUGAUGAUGCAGAUGAGUCCGAAGAAACAGAUGAAGACGAUGAAUCUAGUGAAUCGGAUGAAUCAUCGGUCGAAUCUGAUGGAAAUGAAGAAAACGAUGAAACCGACAAGUCUUCGCAAACAAAAGAACAGCCAGCACCAAAAAAUAAAAAUGUUGAAUUCAUUCAAAAUCCUAACAGAGCGUUAAAAGAGGUGGAAAAGGCGUUUCACAAUAAUAACAAAUAUAUCGAAGAGAAGCAGAGACAGGCUGAUGAAGAUGAUGGUGAUGAUGAAUCAGCAGAGGAAAAGAAACCAGUGUUCAAAACGAAACAUUUUUCUAAAGACUUUGAAUCGGCAGGAGAUUUAUUAAGGGAGGUGCACACACUUGUCAAUAAAAAGAAAACUGAACCGGACGAUAGCAAUGGAUAUUGGAAAAUCGAAUACCAGAAUCCCAUUGUUUAG